CCCGCACGGGCUCGCAUCACGAUCGCGCCAUGACUCUGGAGGAGCUGGUGCCUUGCGACAGCAGCAGGAUGCAGGCGGUGAGCGAGGCCGUGGAGCGGGUGCUGGUGGCAGCGCAGCAUCAGGACCGGCUCACAGUGGGUGUCUACGAGUCGGCCAAGCUCAUGAAUGUGGACCCUGACAGCGUGGUGCUGUGCGUGCUGGCCACUGACGAGGAGGACGAAGGUGACAUCGCCCUGCAAAUCCAUUUCACCCUCAUCCAGGCCUUCUGCUGCGACAACGACAUCCACAUCCUGCGCGUCCUGGGCAUGCAGCGCCUGGCCGCCAUCCUGGGGGAGCCUGAGCCGGGCUCCGAGCCCCGUGAUCUCCACUGCCUCUUAGUCACGAACCCGCACACGGACGCGUGGAAGAGCCAAGGGUUGGCGGAGGUGGCCAAAUACUGCACCGAGAGCCGCGACAGGAACCAGUGGGUGCCGUUUGUGUGCCUGCAGGAGCGCUGAGCCGGCCCCGGCCCAUGCCCGGCUCUGUACCUGAAAAAGGAGGGGGGAAAACAGUAAAACGGCAGGAAAAGGAAAGGCGGAACGGCCAGUUUACAACCAACCAAACCCACACAAAAUAACCCCAAACGCAAACAGCCACCGAUUUCGUUUUCAUUUGUACCCGGAGCGGAGGAAGGAGCAGAGCGGCACCGGUGGGCACGGGAUGGAGGCAGUCGGAGCCCUGCUGUGCCGGCAGCCGGGUCGGACGCUGGCCGGAGCGCGCCGGAGCUCAUCCAUGCCAAGGAGUUGUUGUGCUUGGCUGCAAGGAGCUGGGGGACUGUGCUGAGGAGCCCCGGGCCAGGAGAUGGAGAGCGUGCGAUGAUCUCUGUUUGGCAGCUGUGAAUGGACAGAGGUGAGGACUGCAGGGGAACUGCUUUCUCCAAGGGCUCGGUUAUUGUCUGUACCGAUGGAGCUGGAAUCCGUGUCGAGUCUUUUUUGCACUCUAAACCACUUGGAGACCCGGAGUUGAUUCUAUUCCAGAGUUUAUUCUUAUACUGAUUUAAGACAAAAACCCCGAGUUAUUUGCAAUAAAAUAUCUGAAGCCA